CACCAUGAGUCUCCUCAAUAAACCCAAGAGUGAGAUGACCCCAGAGGAGCUGCAGAAGCGGGAGAAGGAGGAAUUUAACACAGGCCCCCUCUCGGUGCUCACGCAGUCAGUCAAAAACAACACACAAGUGCUCAUUAUCUGUCGCAACAACAAGAAGCUCCUGGGGCCGGUGAAGGCCUUUGACAGGCACUGCAACAUGGUGCUGGAGAAUAUGAAGAUGUUGACUGAGGUCCCCAAGAGCGGCAAGGGCAAGAAGAAGUCCAAGCCUGUCAACAAGGACCGCUACAUCUCUAAGAUGUUCCUGCGCGGGGACUCAGUCAUCGUGGUGCUACGGAACCCGCUCAUCGCCUCUUCCUUCCAUGAGAGCCUGCUCCCUGCCCUGUCGAGCCCCGCCCAAUGGAAUGGAAAUAAAACCCUGUGGAAUAAAGUCACUGUUUUGAAGAGGGAUCUGUCGUCCCAUGUUCUUAGCAGCUCUAUUCACAAGACCCAGGUUCUGAAGAGACCCGAGUAUCUGUUGGCAGACAGAGCAGUAAAGGAGUGUGAUGUCAAUGGAGAAGCAGACACAUCCAGAGAUGGGGAGGAGAGGGAUAGCUUUAACAAGAAGGCUUACAUGGGAAAUCCAAAGCAGGGUUGA